CAAAAAUCCUUUUCAAAAACCACAAGGCUUUUUUCAUUGAAAAUCCACACCUAUUUAGGACAACCCUAGAACAAGUAUAUAUAUAUAUUUUGCUCUCCCUCCUCCCUGUUUCCCUCUCUCUCUCUCUCUCUGCAUGUCUAUCAAGCACUCCUUGUCUCAGCUGCUUCCAAUUAUCUUCAAGCAAUAUUUUUGAUUUUGAUUGACAAAAACAUAUAGUAUUUGUAUUUGUAUUUGUAUUUGUUACGUAUUUGUCUCCGCCAAAAUCGAAUAGGGUAAGGGGAUAAAAGCAGCUCGGUUCAAGGAUUAAGAAACCGACCGAGAGAAUCGUUUUUCAUCAAAAUCUGCGCUAUUCUCAGAUCUGAUUUCAUAGGCUCUGAUUGUUAGGAUUCUUGAAGAGAAGCACGGAUUUGUGAAUGGGUCGAAAGAAGCCAACGGCGCGUGGGGACGAUGAGAACGCUUCGGCUGCCGUGUCGAAGUCGAAGAAGAAGUCGCAGUUGAUUGACGAUGACGAGUACUCCAUCGGAGCUGAGCUGGCCGAGGAGCCAGAGGCUCAGGAGGACAAGGUCGUGAUUACUGGGAAGAAGAAGGGCAAAAAGGGGAACGCAAAAGCUCCGCAGCCCAAGGAUGAUGAUGAUGGUGAUGGUGGUGAGAUCAAGAACGAAGACGAGGAGGUGCAUGAGGUGGUGUUUGGUGGGAAGAAGGGGAAGUCGAAGAAAGGCGGUGGGAACAACGCUUUUGGGUUCGGGUUGUUGGGAGAGGAAGAGGAGGAAGGUGGUGAUGAUGAGGAUGGACAGUCUGGAUUGACCGGCGAGAAAGAUAGCGAGGAAGAUGAUGAGGAGCAAACGGUGAGCUUUUCUGGGAAGAAGAAGAAAAAGAAUGACUCUAAGAAAAGUGGUGGUAGUUUGUUCACUGCCUCGGCUUUUGAUGCAAUCGAUGAUGAUGAAGAAGAAGCUGAGGUCGUUGAUAAAGUUGAGGAUGAUGGUGAUAAUGAUGAUGAGCCUGUGAUUGCGUUUACUGGGAAGAAGAAGUCAACCAAAGGUGGUGACAAAGGCAGUGUCUUUACGGGGUCUGCAUUUGAUGGACUUGGUGAUGAUGGGGAUGAGGAUGAAGAUGUUGCACCCAUUACGUUUUCGGGUAAGAAGAAGUCAUCAAAGUCUUCGAAGACUUUGAAGAAGGCAGGUGGCAAUGCAUUUAGUGCUGUGUUGAGUGAUGGUAAGAAUGGAGAAGAAGCUGUUGAGGAUGAAGAUGUUUCUGCGGUUGCGUUUUCGGGUAAGAAAAAGUCGUCUAAGAAGAAGGGUAGUGGUGUUUUCAGUGCGCUGGGAGAUGGGGAUGAGGUUAGGGAUGUGGUUGAGACUGAGCAACUGAGUGUGGGAACUAGUAGUAAGAGUGAAGAGGUGAAGGAUACUUCGAAGAAUAAGAAGAAGAAGAAGAAGAGUGGAAGGACAGCGGAGGAAGAGGAUGAUUUGGAUAAGAUUCUUGCGGAGCUUGGUGAGGGGCCUACGGUAUCAAAGCCGGCUGCUCUUCCUCCACAAGAGGAGAAACUUGAGCUUCAGCCCGAAACGAUUGCUGUGGUAGAGGAGGAGGUUGAAGAAGAGAAUGUUGAGUCUGCUGCGGCUAAGAAGAAGAAGAAGAAGAAGGAGAAGGAGAAGGAGAAGAAGGCAGCGGCAGCAGCAGCUGCGGCUGCUGCAGAGGAAAAACAGGAUGAAGUACAGCCUGAGCCAACGGAGGGAAAAAAGAAUGAAGUGAAGAGUAAAGGGGUGGAUAAGAAAUUGCCAAAGCAUGUUAGAGAGAUGCAAGAGGCACUUGCUCGGCGAAAAGAAGCGGAAGAGAGAAAGAAAAGGGAAGAUGAGGAGAGAUUGAGGAAGGAGGAAGAGGAGCGGCGUAGGCUGGAAGAGCUUGAGAGGCAAGCAGAGGAAGUGAAGCGUAAAAAGAAGGAAAAGGAAAAAGAGAAAUUGCAGAGGAAGAAAGCAGAGGGCAAGCUGUUGACUACAAAGCAGAGGGAAGAGGCUCGGCGGUUGGAAGCUAUGAGGAAUCAGAUACUUGCUAAUGCAGGGGUGCCUCUUCCUUCUGCAGACACCGUUGUACAAACUAAACGACCCAAGUAUCAGAAUAAGAAGCAAAAACCAAUUCACCAACAAGCAAAUGGUGCUGGCCCUGAUAAGGGGGAGGAAGAACCACAAGAGACUGUGACCAAUAUGGAUUCCUUAGAUUCAGAGAAAGUUGAUGAGGAAUCAAUGGAUGUCGAGGAGGAAUCUGUAGUUGCCGAGGCUGCCGAAGAGAAUGGACUGGAAGAAGAUGAUGAUGAGGAUGAAUGGGAUGCAAAGAGCUGGGAUGAUGUAGCUGUCAAUCUUUCUAUUAAAAGUGCAUUUGCUGAUGAAGAGGCUGAUUCUGAGCCUGAACGAGUGGUGAGAAGAGAGACAAAGGGUGCAGUACCAACUUCUCGCAAUGCAGCACCUCCUGCAACUGCUAAGAAAACCAUUCCUUCCCAGCCAUCAACAUCCCAGCCAUCAACAUCCCAGAAUCUUGAGAAUAAGAGAAAAGAUGCUGACUUGAAAAAAGAAGUACUGGUUUCAGAGGCUACCUCCAAGCAUAGUGAAGAUAACCUUCGUUCCCCGAUUUGCUGCAUCAUGGGCCAUGUCGAUACUGGUAAAACCAAGUUACUGGAUUGUAUACGAGGCACUAAUGUUCAGGAAGGUGAAGCUGGAGGUAUCACUCAACAGAUUGGUGCAACAUAUUUUCCUGCUGAGAACAUUCGUGAGAGAACCAAGGAACUGAAAGCUGAUGCUAAACUGAAGGUCCCCGGGCUAUUGGUUAUUGAUACCCCUGGACACGAAUCAUUCACUAAUUUAAGGUCACGGGGUUCGGGUUUAUGUGAUAUUGCAAUUUUGGUUGUUGAUAUUAUGCAUGGGUUGGAGCCACAAACAAUAGAAUCGCUUAAUCUUUUAAAAAUGAGGAAUACAGAAUUCAUUGUUGCAUUGAAUAAGGUGGACAGGCUCUAUGGCUGGAAAGUAUGUCGCAAUGCACCAAUUGUGAAGGCCAUGAAGCAGCAAUCUAAGGAUGUACAAAAUGAAUUCAAUAUGAGGCUCACUCAGAUUAUUACUCAGUUCAAAGAGCAGGGAUUAAAUACUGAAUUGUACUAUAAAAAUAAGGAAAUGGGGGAAACUUUCAGCAUUGUGCCUACAAGUGCUAUUAGUGGCGAAGGCAUCCCAGAUUUGUUAUUAUUAUUAGUUCAAUGGACUCAGAAAACUAUGGUUGAGAAACUUACAUACAGCAGUGAAAUGCAGUGCACUGUGUUGGAGGUCAAGGUUGUUGAAGGUCAUGGGACAACUAUUGAUGUUGUAUUGGUCAAUGGUGUGCUUCAUGAAGGAGAUCAAAUAGUUGUUUGUGGCAUGCAGGGGCCUAUUGUUACCUCUAUCCGAGCUUUAUUGACUCCACAUCCAAUGAAGGAACUCCGAGUUAAGGGGACUUACCUGCACCAUAAGAAAAUCAAGGCUGCAAUGGGUAUCAAGAUCACAGCACAGGGCCUUGAGCAUGCAAUUGCUGGGACUGGUCUUUACGUUGUAGGGCCUGACGAUAAUAUAGAGGAUGUUAAGGACGCAGCUAUGGAAGAUAUGAAGACAGUCAUGAGCAGGAUUGAUAAGAGUGGUGAGGGAGUUUACGUACAAGCAUCUACCUUAGGAUCGUUGGAAGCAUUGCUGGAGUUUUUGAAGUCACCAGCAGUAAACAUCCCUGUUAGUGGUAUAGGCAUAGGCCCUGUGCAUAAAAAAGAUGUCAUGAAGGCCAGUGUAAUGCUUGAAAAGAAAAAAGAAUAUGCUACCAUCCUGGCAUUUGAUGUCAAAGUUACACCAGAGGCCCGAGAACUCUCAGAUGAAUUGGGUGUGAAGAUUUUUAUUGCUGAUAUCAUAUAUCACUUAUUUGAUCAAUUUAAAGCCUAUAUUGAUAAUCUCAAGGAGGAAAAGAAGAAGGAAGCUGCUGAUGAUGCAGUCUUUCCAUGUGUUCUUAAGAUUAUGCCAAACUGCAUUUUCAACAAGAAGGAUCCUAUUGUAUUGGGGGUUGAUAUUGUCGAAGGAAUUGCUAAGGUUGGGACUCCAAUUUGUGUUCCCCAACAGGGUUUCAUUGAUAUUGGGCGAAUUGCAUCGAUUGAAAAUAACCACAAACCUGUGGAUAUUGCAAAGAAAGGGCAGAAGGUUGCAAUUAAGAUAGUUGGCUCCAAUUCUGAGGAGCAGCAAAAGAUGUUUGGUAGGCAUUUUGAGGUUGAGGAUGAACUUGUGAGCCACAUCUCAAGGAAGUCGAUUGAUGUACUUAAAGCUAAUUAUAGGGAUGAUCUGUCCAUUGAAGAGUGGAAGCUGGUUGCGAAAUUGAAGACCGUGUUCAAGAUACAAUGAAGAUACAUCACAAGAGUAGCUUUUCAAGAUCUAAGGGGGCUUUAUCAAGUUUGUUUCAUACAAAGCUGCAAGGGAACGUCAUGGAGAAAAGGCUUUAAGUCAAUCAUUUGGGUCACUCUGAAGAUUAAUGGAGUAGAGAAUGUGUUCCGUUGUGUUGCGCGAAAGCCCUUUUGUCCCGAUGACACUGGAAUUGGUUUGAUUUUUGUGAAAUCAUGUGGUUUGUGUAAUUUUUUGUAGUUGGUAUGAGAAAGAGGUUGUACAAGCUGGCAGUUGAGGAAAUGUAAUCGGGGAAUGAUAUCUAUAGAGGUGCCAUAACAUGUUUGAUAUUCUUGGCAGUACAAAAUUCUUUUUCAAAAGAAAAAUAAUUUUGAGGUAAUUUUCAGAUAAAACGAAGUAAUAAAGUGAAGUCUUCAGAUUG